AGAGCAUACUACUACUGGAUAACGUGAUUCGCAUGUGCUCCGCGUUCGAGCCAUCUUCCACAGUACCAAACUGAACUCAAGAACCUCGCGAAUGUGAACUCGAAAUCCAUAUGCUGGAAUACCCGGAGGACCUUCUGGAAGGGCUGCGUCUUGGGCGGUGAUGGAGAGACGAGAUGUGGUAUUAACGGCAGUCUUAGCAACUCUCGCCUGUCUCCUAUCCCUCCUUGGAGCCAUGGCAUUUUUCUGCUGGUGUCGAUGGAAGAAAGGUCUGAACAUCUUCGGCUGGGGAUCGGGGAAGACCUGUUCCUCGACGGAUCCGGAUGCCGAGGCUCUUCAUGGCAUUCUCACCCCUGGACCUGGUCACAGCCCCGGCAAGAUCGAGGGUCAGAUCACUACCCAACCCAACGGAGCCAUCAAUGUCAAAACACCUUUGAUCAAAACCAAGGCUUUCAAUCAGAUGGCCGUGACGAAGCCCCAGUUGUUGAUGUCGUCGGCUGCAACAUCAACAGCUGCAGCUGUCAUGGAUGCCAAUGCCAAGCCACCCAACAACACGAAACCCGAACAUCCCGCUAUGGCAUUCUGGCAGAAUCGUUCCAUGUCUCUGGUGGACAUGUACGUGGACAGCUCGGAACCGACCGAGACCGUCGGUCAUAUACAGUUCAGUCUGGAAUAUGACUUCGCUACCUCCACUCUCAUCCUCAAAAUCAUCCAGGGAAAGGACCUACCAGCUAAGGACCUGUCAGGAACUUCGGAUCCUUAUGUCAGGGUCACUUUACUCCCGGAUAAGAAGCAUCGGCUCGAGACCAAAAUUCGACGCCGAACUCUGAACCCACGUUGGAAUGAAACCUUCUACUUCGAAGAUCCGUACGUGAAGGUGUGGCUCCAAUACGGAGACAAACGUGUGGAGAAGCGCAAGACGCCGGUGUACAAAUGCACAUUAAACCCGACUUUCAACGAGAGUUUCGCAUUCAACGUUCCCUGGGAAAGGAUCCGGGAAGCGGCCCUCAAUGUCCUCGUCAUGGAUUUCGACAGCGUCGGUCGCAAUGAACUCAUCGGAAAGCUCGUCCUUGCCAGUAAGAACACGACCGGAGUGUCGGAGACGAAGCACUGGCAGGACAUGAUCUGCAAGAGUCGACAGACCGUCACUCAGUGGCAUCGCCUCAAACCCGAAUGAAAGAAUAUUCUUUUCUGCCCGGCUCUUGGACCCGGAGGACGCACGCGAAGGCAAUAUUUUUUUCAAUCCUUCGAAAAGGAGAAGGAAAGAAGAGUGUGACUUUUGUCUCUGGGGAUGAGUGAUGGGAAAACAUGAACUUGGAAGCGAGAAGGCAGCUAGUCACUUUUGUCAGCCCCAUGCCCCGUCGUUUUCUGCCGUAGACAGAGACUUGUCAUGGAUGUGAUCCCCCCCCCCCCCCCCUCUCCCCCCACUUUUUCCUGGGUCUUCUUCCUCACGCGGCUGUGGAUGAUCUAGCAUCGUCGUUGUCCCCCCUAGUUCCUUGUAGAAACAUCAGGGUAGAGAGAGAAAGAGAGAGAGAUUGAAAGAGAUAGGAGAGAAACUCCCUCGCCCUAAGACGAAAGAAGGAAUUCCUUCUAGCACCGAACUCGAAAACAGUUCAUCUUUUUUCUUCAGGCGUUCUUGUAUCUUGUUCUCUCUUGUUUGUUCUUUAUUUCGGGACCAAUCCCUCCGAUCAGACGGCGAACAUCGGAAAGACGAGUAAAGAAACAGCUGAAUCGCGGACCAACGUGUGCAUAAUUCUCAGUUCACUCUUCCCUUCGGUAUUCUUAUAAAUGAAAGUGUUCCUUGGAAAUUCAAGUUUGGUGUUAAACCCCGGGGAAGCACGUGAAGUUUUGGACAAGAGGUUUCACUGGGAAUACAUUUUUUAUCCGAGGUGGCAGGCUGGACCUGCAUUUUCACUGAAUUUUCCCCCAAAUCACUCUGCAUCGUCUUUUCUGGAUGCUGUACAUAGCAAUUGGAUUUCGAAGCACUUGUUUCCCCGUCUCCACCCCCACCUGCGCAAAGCGAGGGAGAAAGGGAUUGCUUUGUAUCUGUUUGGUUGUCCUUGACGUACGAGAGAGGGACUAUCGUCUAAUAAAAGUAUAUUUUGCAAA